AUGGCGCCACCCGCGCGGGCCGCCGUUCCUGACGCGACGGCCGCGCGGCAUCUAACGGUCGACGGCGACGUGGGGCUGUCAGACGACGCGGCUCGGAGCCUCGCGCGCGGGUUCUUCCUGGGAGGUUUCCUGCUGCUGCCCUGGCUGUGGUUCGUUAACUGCUACUUCUUUUGGCCCGUGCUUCGUUAUAACGCCGGCCACGAUCCCCAGCUCCGAUCCUAUAUGCCGGGGUUGACCGUUGGCAGCAGUGUUGCCGAUUCUCCCUUCCCCCACUCUCUCCCUGCCCCUUCUUCCUCUGAACUUCUUCCCUGUGCCCCCACGUGGUGGGAUCAGCCAUUGGCUGCAGUGUCGCUUUCUCCCUCCUUGCCACGUCUCCCUGAACCUCUUUCCCCCAUUUCCGCCCCUCUCCCCCCUCCAUUUGUUCUUGCAGACGUGAUGGGCUCAGCCAUUGGAUGCAGUGUCGCAUUCUCCCUGCUUGCCUGCUGGUCGCUAGCGUACUCUCUAGGAGGGGAGGCCCUAUUAGGGGCUGACACGUGGCAGAAGCUAGCAGUGUACAAUAUAGUGGAUGGCAUCUUGUAA